UCCCUCCGCGGCGUUUGGUCUCGCCCGCGCCUCCGCUCCCUGCCAUGUUGGAUUGCACGGCCGGCGCCGGGGAGAAGUUGGAAGUUUAGUGCCUGUCGGGAGAGCGGCGGAAGGCGCGCAGAAGGGCGAGGAGCGGGUCUUCCCCGGCCGCUCCGCUCCGGUCGCUCGCAAGGGAAAAAAAAACCCUCAGGAGUUGCUCCCCGGUCCGACGCGGCGCCCCCUCAGGUCGCCGCCCCGAUGUUGCUGCAAUAGCGCGGGUAGGCAGGCUCCUGCGCCGCCGCCACCCUCCAGGAGACGCGGGGCCUGACCCCCCGCAAGCGAGCUAGAGCCAGCUGCGAAGCCGGCGGAGGGGGUUGGCAGUCCCGGCCUGGCGCCGGCGGCGGCCGCCAUGAACAACAGCCAACAACAGCAGCAGCAGCCCCCGCCGCCGCGGAGGGUCUCCAACGUGGGCUCCAUGCUGCUCACACCGCAGGAGAACGAGAGCCUCUUCGGCUUCCUCGGCAAGAAAUGCGUGACAAUGUGCUCUGUGGUUGUCCAGAUAUAUGCAGCGGAGCGCAAUGCUAUGUGGUCAAAGAAAUGCUGUGGUGUAGCUUGCCUUGUAAAAGACAAUCCACAAAGAUCCUAUUUUAUCAGAAUAUAUGAUAUCAAGGAUGGAAAACAAUUGUGGGAACAAGAAUUAUAUAAUAACUUUGUAUAUAAUAGUCCUAGAGCAUAUUUUCAUACAUUUGCUGGAGAUACAUGUCAAGUGGGUCUUAAUUUUGCUAAUGAAGAAGAAGCUAAAAAAUUCCAAAAGACUAUAAUGGACCUGCUUGGACGAAGGCAGAGAAAAUCUGACAAAAGGAGAGAUCUACCAAAUGGUCCAAGUCUGCCAAUGGCAACUGUUGACAUCAAAAAUCCAGAAAUCACUACUAAUAGAUUUCAUGGUUCACAAGUCAACAAUAUCUCCUAUACCAAAGAGAAGAAAAAGGGAAAAGCAAAAAAGAAAAAAUUGACAAAGGCAGAUAUUGGAACUCCAAGCAACUUCCAACACAUUGGCCAUGUUGGCUGGGACCCAAACACAGGUUUUGAUGUUAACAAUUUGGAUCCAGAACUGAAACACCUAUUCGAUAUGUGUGGAAUUUCAGAGGCUCAGCUGAAAGACAAAGAAACUUCCAAGGCUAUAUAUGAUUUUAUUGAAAAAACAGGAGGAGUUGAAGCAAUUAAAAAUGAGUUGCGUAGACAAGCUCCACCACCACCUCCACCAUCUAGAGGCGGUCCACCUCCUCCUCCACCACCACCACAUAGCUCAGGACCCCCUCCUCCUCCUGCUAGGGGAAGAGGAGCCCCUCCCCCACCUCCUUCGAGAGCUCCAGUAACAGCACCCCCUCCCCCACCUCCUUCUAGACCUGGUUCUAUAAUGCCACCACCGCCACCAAACAGGAUAUAUCCUCCUCCUCCACCAAUAAUUUUACCAAUAUUUGUCUUAGUUACUAAGUUGCUAAGUUCUUUCCAAAUAACUAUUUUUGUAUCAACAGAUGAAGAUGAGGAUGAAGAGGAAGAGGAAGACUUUGAAGAUGAUGAUGAAUGGGAUGACUGAUCAAUAUAUUAUAUCUUAUAUAUAUUUUUACGGUGAAAUACUAAACUACUUUCUGUUUAUGGAUUCUGUAAAAUUAUCAUGUAAAUGUUUUACCAAUUUACUGUAUAUUUUUGUUGCCUUUUGCUUUUUUAUUAAUCUGUGCAAUACCUCAUUUAAUCUGUAAAGGUUUGUCAUCCUAUACAAGGCUACUCCCUUAUGUAAAAGUUUACAUCGGAUGCCUAGUGUACAUGUGAAUACUUUCCAUUCCAUCAAUAAGGGAGUUUUAAUGUAAUCUGUGAGAUUGACAAACACACCUUAAAUGUAUUUAGUUAUAAUUGCAAGAAGGAAAACACUAUUUUCAUACCCUACUUUUUCUGUAUCUAGAUUUUCUUAUUAAAACCUAAUAUAGCACUACAUACUUUAAGCAAUGCAGCUCCUAGUUUUAGCCGCUUCAUCUGGGAAACUGCUUCAUGGAUGAGGCUGAUAAAAUGAAGAGCAUUUCAAUUCAUAACACUACCAUUCAGAUUUAGUCUUCAAGCUGUAAAGCAAUCACUAGAAAAAUUAAGUGAUCAUGAAAUUUUUCCCUGAUCUGGAUCAUUGUUGCCUAUAUCAGAGCUUUGAUACCUGAAUACUGAAUUUAAGAAUAGUCUGUUUGGUCAAUAAAUCUGAUAGAAACCACCUUUGUGACUUUUCCCAACUGUUGUUCAUGACAAAGAGAAGUUUUGGCAACUGCUGCAGUCGUUAUUUAUUUUUAUAUAAGGUUUUUUACUGAAGGGCUGUAGUUGAUGUUUGCUUUGAAUAAUAAUGGUUGUAAAUUAAUUUUUUUCAAUGUAGGGCAUUGGUAUGCUAAUAAAUGAACUUAAGUAGUGUAACUCUGCAGUUUUCAUGGAUUAUGGGACAUGUCAACACAGUUAGACACGAUCCUAUAACUAAAAUAAAUAGAGAUGGAGCCUUAAACCUAUACUUUCUUGAUUGUGACAAUACUAGAUGAUAAUUACUGUUGCUAGAAGGCCAAUGAGCAUCUUGGUGAUAUUUCCGUUUUUCUGAACCUGGCCUCUGUGUUAUCCAGAUCAGUGGGUGGGCACUCUUCUAUCAGAUACAGUAUUUCUCAUGGGCUCCUAUUCAAGCGUGUGGGUCACUGUUGCCUUGUUUCCUUUUGACUCUAAAUUUCUAGACUUCAAAGCAAGAAUAAACAGUUAAUUGAACUAUUUGUCUUUUGCUUUGAGGGGAAGAGAUUCACUACUACAAGGUUUAUAAGCCACUGUUUUUUAUAUACCAAAUUUGCACAUUGCAGUAUUUCACUAGAAAUAAGGGAUAUGGUCUUAAAAGUUGGGUGGUCCUGCAUUUGGAAUUGCAUUCCAAUAUAUGAUGGGAAAAUUGGAGUUUUUGUUUUAAUUUUUCAUCUUUACUAGGAGACUUACUAUUUGGACUAUCUGCUUAUUUUUCAUGCAGUAUUGCAUUUAAGAUAAGCUUUAUCAAUGCUAAUACUCUAUUCACAAUAAGAAUACACUUAAUAAAUGCAGGUGGUUUCAAGUGAGACAUUCUUGGAGUACAAUUAAUCCCUGCUUGCUUCCUUCUUCAUUUUUCUUCUAUCCAGGACAUAUUGGAUGGAAUUAACUUUAUUGAAAUCCAGUGUUGGCCUGAUCUUGGCAGGCUGGACCUGCAUGAUUUGGCCUGGACGUUUAAUGCAAUUAUAAUGUGUGUCUAGUAUUUGGGUUUUUAAUCCUGUAAGGAUGGGAUUUAAAGAGUAUGUUGAUGAAAGAAGAUGUGGUAAGCAGAAGUUUAUUCCAAAGGGAAUAACUUUAAUUUGAUGCAAACAACUUGGAAAGGAACAUUUUCAAAGCAUCUUCAUUUCAGUUGAAUCUCCAGCGCUGCUUUGUGCUAGAACAACUUUUCAGUUAGCAUUACUGCUAGUGUGCUUGAGGUUUGUGAGUAUGUAAUGAUGCUAUGGAGAUGGGUUAAAAGUUAUGCACAUGACAGAAAAUGUUAGUGGCCUACAGUACAGCCUGUAGGAUUUCUGCUCUAGUUUCAUAGAGGGGCAUUUAAAGAGUUGAUAUUGCUCAAUUGGUCUACAGCAAUAUUACUGUUAAAUUAAGCACAUGCUUCUAAAGUUGGAAGAGUUUGAAAAGAGAUACUAUUUUGAGGAUACUUAUGUAAUCCAUUAAUCACUUACCUAAUACUUUCCCCUCCCCAAUAGAAAGUAUAUCUACGUUAUUGCACAACAUUCAACUGUUUUGCUUUCAAUAGCAUAUUGUAUGGUUUUAAUUUAAAGCAUGACCGCAGUUACAAUUAGAUUUAAGGUCACAGCUGCAUGUUUCUACUUUCUUGCUCUCAGUGUGGGCAGGAGGCAAUGUUUCUUGUCAUUGAAUCACUACUGCUAACUCUUGCAGCCAGGGCAGCCUUUGCAUCAGUUAAAUUGACUGUCUGUGUAACAGCCUUGCCAAGUAGUGAAUGAGCCUGAGGACUCUGAACAUUGCACUUAGACAAUAGCAUCUAGCAACUUGUACUCUGAAAACAUCUCAAUCAUUCAGUUUUCCAUUUCAUCAAAUUGAACUUCUCGGUAUGUGAAUUUUCUUUUUGGCUCUUCUUUUUCCUCUUCUUUGGAAAUGUACAGUGAAUAGGAUGUUGCACUGGUGGCAAUUCAUCAUGAAGCAUAAUAAAAUUAAUUUGUCUCAGUU